GUCCUCGUCGCUGAUUUGCGGAUUUGAUUGGUGAGGAGAGCGCAGGGCCAAAAGGCGGAUGGAACCCAUCGGAACACACCCCACAUCCCACCCAAACCAACACCUGCUGCAGGACGCACACCAUGGUGAGCCGACGGGGGCGGAGAUCACACACAGGCAGCGAGAUGCAGACAGCCCCGACAGAGGCAGACAGAGGCAGCCAGCACAGCCACAUGGCAGCUCAGAUCACGCCCUCACACUCGCGAGAGCGUUCUGAGGAGGUUGCCAGACGAGGCAGGCAGAGCUGUCGCUGUGUGGAUGGAUGACAGGCAGAGAGACAGAUUUGGCACACUACACUGUGCAGUGACGCCGUGGCUCUGGCAUGGCCGUCCAUGCUCUGCCCUCUCCCCUCUCUCUGUGUGUGCACGCGCCUUCUCAGGUGAUCAUCUGUUCGGCGGUCCGCUGCAGGUGCCACCACCCGUCAUGACAUCAGACAACGGCUCCCCUGAUGCGGCCGACAACCCCCCCGAGCCGCACCAGGACGUCACGGCACACCAGUCCGUCAUGCCGCCGGCACCCAUCACCCACCACGAUGUCUCACCUGCACCACAACCACCAGCUCCACCAGAGUGGAAUAUGGCGGCUCUUGAGCAGGAGCAGCCUGAGCAUGACCACCAGCAGGAUCAGCAAGGUCAGCAGGAGCCGCCGUCGUCAUCGACGACGCAUGUGGCGAUUCCGCCGGAGCUGGCAGAGCAGUUGGAGGUGUUGUUCACGCCGGAGCAGCGGGCGUACAUCCACCAGCUGGCGGUGCAGACGGGCAGCCUGGAGGCGGCCAUCACCCACAUGCAGCAGUUCCACAUGCAACAGGCCGUGCAGGCCCACGCCUACAUGCUCCAGCAGCACACACAGCACCAGCAAGCGCAGCUACUCAUGGUACGUACCCGCUGUGUUAACACACCACACACAGGACAGGACAGCCAUGCCCUCUCUCUCUCACUGUCUGUCUGAUGGCUGGCUCUCUUUUUCCCGUUGGUUCAGCAUCAGUUGAAUAAUGCGACCGUGAAUGCGCACGGCAGCUCUGGUGCGUCAGAUGAGGCCGACUCGCCCCGUCCCCACCUCCCCCAUGUCGCCCCCCACCUGCCCCCCACCUCACCCGCCCCGCCCGCCUCCCCCUCGCCCCUCAUUGCCACCAGCAGCCCGCCCCAGAACGCACACACAGCCAUAAUCGCCACCUCUUCCCCACCCACUGCUGGCGAUGCGCCAGGGGCGGCAGCGAGAGCCAACGGUGUGAUGGUGGGGGCUGCUUUGGCUGACGGCCAUGGGCAUGGGCCGGCGAAUGCUGCUGGGGGCCCGGGGGCUGCCGGUGUUGUUGGUAGUGAUGGUGGUGUAGGUCCGGGCGGUGCACCGCGGAUCAGUCCGCUGGCCAUGGCGCAGUUCGGCGGGCCCAUGAUGUAUGUGAGCAGGGAGAUGCGAUGAUCGCAUCGACGGGUGAUGGAUUCGUUUGUGUGUGUGUUGUCAGUGCGGCGCACGCCGGCAGUGUAGAUGGGGACGAGGAGCCGAUCUUCGUCAACCCUAAGCAGUAUCGCAGGAUACUCAAGAGGCGGCAGGCACGGGUGGGUAUGCAUACCUAACGAACGAGACGUGUCUAUCCACGCACGCAUCACUGUUGGCUGCCUUGCUUGCGUCUGCAUUACCCCACCCGUCGUCUCGUUGGGUCGGUCAGGCGAAGGCUGAGCGGAACGGCUAUGGCCGCACGAGCGGCAAGAAGCCGUACAUGCAUGAGUCCAGACACGUGCACGCCAUGAAAAGGUCACCUGCCCGUACACACACACACACAUACAACAUGUCACUUCCACGUAGCCACCCACCCACUCACUCACUCCCUCACUCCCUCACUCCUCUGUUUUGUGUCUGUGUGUGUGGUGAUCUGGUGAUCUGGUGAAUGAUCAAUCAGGCCGCGCGGCCCAGGUGGUCGUUUCCUGCCCGGCUCAUACAAGGCCAUCGACGACCGCCCAGAGGGCGAACAGUCCACCCUCAAGGCCACACCGAAGCCCCCACCUCCCAAGCUGCCACCCCCCACAGCCAACUCCCAGCCGAUGCUGUCCGGCGCACUGGGCCUCAACAACCCCCGCACCAUCGACGUGCGGGCGCUGAUGCUGGCCGCGCAGCAGGCACAGGCUGCGCAGGCGGCCCAGGGGCAUGUGCAGCAUGCACAGCAGCCGAUGGUGGGGCCGGGUGGGCCGACGGGGAUGGUGCCGCCCUCUCCUGGCCCCCCUCCUGCCAUUGGUGGCGUCGGUGGCGUCGGUGGUGUGGCUGCUGGCAUUGCGGCUGUGCCGUCGGUGGCUGUGACCUCGGGGCCGUCGCCUGCACACGCCUGAGUGAGUGAGUGAUCGGGGAGGGAUUUUUCACACGUGAGUGUGGUUGUGUGUUAGUGAGUUAGUGUGUGUGUGUGGGUAAUGCUUGCUUUUUUCACGGGUGUCUCUGUGUGUGUCAUUCACUGCCAUGGCGUGUGUGCGUGUCUGCCUGCCUGAGCCUUCGUCGUCGCGUAAGGCAGGGCCCUCGUGGGCCGCCUUUGCGUGAGUUUGUUGCACCGACAUGGCGAGCGAGGGAUGGUGUGUCGUGGCAUGACAUCUGUCUGAUGCGUGUGCGUCCGAAUGGACACAGACACCACAGACACAGACAGACACGGACAAGUGUGUCGACUGACACUCGAUGUGACCCAUCAACACCACCAUUCGAUUUGA